CCAAGCAAUUAAAACAAGUACAUAAUGUCUGUCGACUUCAACACUGUUGCCACUGAAUUCUGUAACUUCUACUAUCAACAAUUCGAUUCUGAUAGAACUCAAUUGGGUAACUUGUACAGAAAUGAAUCCAUGUUAACUUUUGAAACCUCCCAAUUACAAGGUGCUAAGGACAUUGUUGAAAAAUUAGCUUCCUUACCAUUCCAAAAGGUUAGUCACAGAAUUUCUACCUUGGAUGCUCAACCAGCUUCUCCAAAUGGUGAUAUUUUAGUUAUGGUUACUGGUGAGCUUUUGAUUGACGAAGAACAAAAUGCUCAACGUUACUCUCAAGUAUUCCACUUGAUCCCAGAAGGUAACUCCUACUAUGUGUUUAAUGAUAUUUUUAGAUUGAACUACUCUUAGAUCUGUGUUCUAACUUAAUAUAUAUAUCACAUUUAAUAUAAACUAGUUCCUCUGUGUGUGGUAAAAGCAUGUGCCUUACGGUUGCUUGGAGAUCUCACUCCCUUUCUCCCCCCUGGCCAACCGAAAAAUUGACAAUGAAUUUACUACACG